GACCCAAGCAACUUAGGUGUUGGACUGUGAGAGCUCACAGUAGCAGCAGGGGCAGCCUACAAAGGAGGGCUUGAGAACUGAGUGGUAUUCUUCAAGCCUUCUGUGUAAAAGCUAGGUUAGGGCUGGAAAGCAAACUCAGCUGUCACUCUGCUGCAUUCCAGGCAUUCCCAAGGACUUCUAAAACAGACAGAGAAAAGCCUUGGGAGGGAAAGCAUUUGAAGAUUAAUUUUUAACAAGAGAUUUCACCUUAAAACUGGGAACAUGUUUUCUGGAUUUCAGUACAGCCUCUUUCUGUUCCUGUGUCUCACAGCAUGUCAGGAGUCUCAGGCUUCCCAGAAUUGUCUCAACAAACAGCAACUGCUGACUGCCAUUCGCCAAAUGCAGCAGUUCUUGAAGGGGCAGGAAACGCGGUUUGCAGAGGGAGUGCGCAUGGUGAAAAACCGGCUGACGGCACUGCAAAACUCCGUGACCAAAGCCGCCCCAGACCUACCAACUGUGUCCUGUCCUGCACUGGAAGCCCCUAUGGAUGGCAAAAAAUUUGGUACCAAGUACUUGGUGGACCAUGAAGUCCAUUUCACCUGCAAACCUGGUUUUCAGCUCAUUGGUUCCAGCACUCGAGUGUGUCAAGCAAAUGGCAGCUGGACUGGAGAGGAACCUCAAUGCAAAGAUGUCAGCAAAUGCUCUAGUCACCCCUGCCAGAAUGGUGGAACAUGUAUGGAAGGAGUAAACCAGUACAAAUGCAUUUGUCCUCCAGACUGGACUGGAGCCAACUGCCAGUACCAGACACAAACAGCGCCACCUUCAUGGAGUGUUACAAAUGACCCUGCUUUCAGUCGUAAGCCACGCUGUGCCAAAAUUGACAGGACACAGCACUGUAGCUGUGAGGCAGGUUUCCACAUGAGUGGCACAGCAGACAAUAGCAUUUGUCAAGAUGUGAAUGAAUGUGAGGUCUACAAGCUGGAUGGAGCUCCACGCCUGUGUAUGCAUAACUGCAUCAACAUUCCUGGCUCUUACCGCUGCUCCUGCCCCAGUGGAUACAACAUACUUGGUGAUGGGAAAAGCUGUGAAGAUAUAGAUGAGUGUGCCCUGUCCCAGCACAACUGCUCAAAGGGCACAACAUGCAUUAAUACUGGAGGAGGCUUCCAGUGUGUUAGCUCUGAGUGUCCUAAGUCUAGUGGCAAUGUCAGCUAUGUGAAAACAUCACCAUUCCAGUGUGAACGCAAUCCCUGCCCAAUGGACAGUAGAUCGUGUCAUCACGCCCCAAAGACCAUCUCUUUCCACUACCUGCCUCUGCCUUCCAACCUGAUCACUCCCACCCCACUUUUCCGUAUGGCGACUGCCUCAGCUCCGGGACGGCCUGGACCUGACAGCUUGCGCUUUGGGAUUGUGGGAGGCAACAACCGAGGGCACUUUGUGAUGCAGCGCUCAGACAGGCAGACAGGAGAGCUCAUCCUUGUACAAAGCAUGAAAGGACCCCAGACAGUGGAGGUGGAUGUUGACAUGUCAGAGUACCUGGAUCGCACCUUCCAGGCCAAGCAUGUUUCCAAAAUUACAGUUUUUGUGUCUCCCUACGAGUUCUAAAGAAAGCAGCUCAUGAAAGCAAGGAAAUCAACAGCUCAUGGACUGUUCCUCCUCAUCCAUCACUUUCUUUUAGUACAGACUCUUUUAGAAACUUCCUCUGUUUCUAACUAGUGAUCCAGGCCCUGUGAGAGCACCUGUAGCCACCAAAAGGCAACCAUACUGCAACUACUCCAAGAAACAUGAGCUUAAAAACUAGUAUCAAGCAAUGAUAUCAACCAAAUUACUCUGGUAGUUACAAGGGUAUUUUCUGCAAUCAUCUCAUAAAUUUACUCUUUUGUAGUAAAGAGUUUCCAAGUUUCCAAGUUUUGACUUUGGAUACUUUACAUUUUUUACCAUCUUCCAUAGAUCUAUGCUUGUAGGAACACUAACUCUAAUCAGAUGAGUAUACCAAUGAAAGCCAGAUUCUAUCAGAUACACUAACCUCCCUGUAGCUAAAUAUUUUUCCCUCUGGAUUUGGGAUUUUUUUUCUUUUUGGCUCUGUCUCCUGACUGGUUUUACACCCACAUAUAUGAAAAACAGCAAAUGAAGUGUGAAUGAACUCAUGUGCUCGCCAGCAACAAGCAGCUGCUCCGUCGCAGAAGUCUGGCAUGCUCUGUAGCAACGGGCCACACACCCAACAGAAUUAUCAGGAAACCAUAGCAAUUUAUCAUCCUCCCCACUAACCUCCAGGAAACACAGUGCUGAGAUCUAGAUUGGAAAACACGUGCUGGUGAGUAAUCUGUGGGCAAAUGAGUGUGCUGAAGCCUUGUUUGUCUUCAUCCCGCCCCUCACAGAGAUGUCUGUUGCAUUCAGAUCAGUACAGUGAUGAGGAUGUAAAUUAAAUACAGCCCUGAAGAGUUGUUUAGAAAACCAGCAUGUUGAAUCAGUAUUGCCCAUAAGCAGUACUGUCUUCAGGCAUGAGCCCCUGGGAUCCAAGUCUUGUGUCUCUGUAUGAAAGGACUCCAAGACCCAUCAGCUAGUACAAAGAGAAGGCACAUGUGACGUGUAUCUCUGCAUGGGGUGCAACCUAUCAGGAGCACAACACAGAGAGACUACAUGCACCCAGACAUACCAACCUCCAAAUACACCAUCGUGCAAAACACUAACUAUUCCUGCCUGCACAGUCACACAAAAUCAGCACAAUAACUACCAUAGGGUUACUUGCAUAGAGGCCCCGAACUGGCAGUGUGCCCACGGCCUCAAAAAUCCUAAAACAACCAUGCAUGCAAGAGCAGAUGGCACAACCUGAACCAGUGUUGCAUAGGUUUUUCCACAACACAGCUCAGUCCUUCUGGUGAUAAUACCACUGUUAUUCUGGGCCUGGGUUUGUUUCGGCUGAGCACAGCUGACCAAGUACUUGUUCAUUUUCCUCUUCCAAUCAGUGGAAAGAAUUCCACCUAUUUAAUGGUGCAGGGUUAAAUUUCAAGUGUUUUCAACUGUACCAAAAUCUGUGGAAGUUCUGUGGCAUGUGUGGUUUUUCCAUGGGAUAAGUGAAGGCUACCAAAUGCCUUCCACUGGUAACAUAUACAGAUUUAAAACAUAAGUCUGGGGCUUUAGCAAACUACAAUACCUAGCUCUCAAUCUACUUGACAUGGCUCCAAAAUAAUCCAGACUGAUAACUAAUCCAUAACAGUAGAAUGCUACAGUAGAGUAAAAUCCAUCAAGUGCCUCCCCCAGAGGAAUAAAUGAUUGGGGCUUGAUUACCAUCUGAUGUAUACCAUUUGCUGUAAGUUAAAGUUCAAAAAAGUCCAUUCUAGACUCUGUCAUGAGCUACUUUCAUAACAAGAACUUUCAGAAUAAGACUACCUUUCAAAUUAUAUUUAUAAGAAAGUGAUUAAGGCUUAAAUUCCUCUUAUGAAAAAAGUCUUGUUGGGAUUUUUACAGAUAGGCUUUCUAUAGAAAUAUUAGACCUUACCAUAGGAUUUAAUGGGGAAGUUUGGCCCUGCUUGAGAAGUAUGUUGGAUGGGUCUAAAAAUACUGAAAGGCUUUCGUUCGCAAUUGGAGUCCAUGGAACAGAUUCUGAAUUAGUCUCAAUGAGUACAGUGACAAUGACUUCACAAAAGUUCCUCCAAAUUUGUACCGGUGUCAGUAUCAUCAGAAUUUAGCUUACUACUUCUGUUCUUUAAAUGUCCUUUCUUAUUAGCUGAGUAUAAAAGCAGACAUUUUUGUGGCAAUAACAAGCCCUGCCCAGGAUGUUGCGUUUUGAAUACAGAAUACUGUAUAUUAUCUUAAAAUAUUUGGGACAAGUUCUGUUCCUAGUUUCACUUGUGCAGCCACUGAGACAUGCAUAGGUCAAAAUCACCUAUGGAACAAACCACUGGAAUCAUCCAAGGAGGAAGUUGGCCCAGUGUGUUUGCACACCAAGUUUCUGAUAGUAAAGGUUAGUGCCUUGCAUUUGGUUGCUGUAAAUCCUUUCUAACCCCACUCUCAUCAUCACUGUAGUCCUUCCACACAGCUUAAAGGGCUGUUUCUCAAGAUUCCUUCAUGAACAGGAAGAUGCAUGUGUGCUUCUUUAUAUAACCAGUACACUCUGAUGAUGACUGAUCCAUGCUUCUUCAUUUUGUUAUUUAGCAUCACAUUGCUUUGCAGUAGACACAUGAAGAAGAUUACAGUCUUUCUUUUCUCUCAUGAAUAUACAGGAGGCUCUUACACUGAAUACUUGUUCAUGGUUGGUAGGAAUUUCCCACAGCGUUCAUCGCUGUACAUUCACAGGAGAAUGGAACCCACAGUCUUUACUCCCAAUUGGAAGCUGAUCUAACCCCACUGAAGUUAACUGGAUUCUUUCCACUGACUUCAGUGAGUUUUGGAUCAAGAUCCCGGUGCACUGUACUGCAAGUAACCCAACAGCAGUCACUAGUAGCACCCUGAGCAUUUCUCUCCCCUGGCCCCUGAUAGCAACAUUGGAUCAGAUAUGCAACUGGCACAGAUCACCAUGGCUCCGUUGCUGUGCCGGACAACACCCAAUGAGAAUCUGGCCCACUCUCUCUGCACAGUUCUGAAAUAGUCUAUGAAUGGGGUUGGAAAUCUAAAUCCAUAUGAAAUAAGGGUGUUACUUUGUAGGUUCCACAGCAGUCACACAAUACCUCUCAGGCACAAACCUUCACAGCUAUGAUGUGCACAAAUACAACCAAUCAAAGAUGGGUUAGUGCAAAAUGUUUGGAGACAUCCAGGGGCAUCAGUCUGUCAGUGUAAGCAGAGGCACACAGCUCAUAGUAAGGAGUUGAACCUCCCCAGCAAGGUUCUGGGAGCACUCCAACCCAAAGGUACAGCCAGAAAGCAGCACUGGGCCCAGAACAAAAAGUUGAGCAGUCCUUGAAUCCCCCUAAGCCUAGACAAUUCACUGGUGCUCCUUUCCUGCACAAGGGCACAAAAGGAGCUUUUGCUUGGAGCUGUGAAGUGCACUCCGGCCUUGUAAAAGCAACAUCAUAUUAUUUUUCAUAUAUUUAUAUAUUUCAUAUCUGUCAUAUAUUUAUGACAAUGAACAAAGCAGAGACUAGAGUAGUAGGUUGACUCUAAUACAGUGGUUUUCAGUCUUUUUAGAUCUGAGGCACCCUUCCAUGAUGUGCACAGGGAUCAAACUGGGUCACAUAUUUGGAAAUUGGGAGACAGUUUGUUGAUUCGCAAAGCAAAUGAAAUUGCAUGUAAAAAUAGCAGCACUUCUGCAGGGUAAUCAGCAGGGUUCUUGGAAUCACAGUUCCUAUAGCAGCUUCAAGAAACUUGGCUACUUUGGUGUGUUCUUAAUUUUCUGUCUGUAUUGUAGCCUGAUCCCCAGUGUUACUGAGAAGGUCACUGUCUCCAAAAGGAGUACUGGGAGCUCUCAGAGCCUUGGCUUUGUUUAGGACAAUAAACACAGCAGAGACUAGAGUAGUAAGUUGACUCUAACAGAGUAGUUUUCAAUCUUUUUAGAAUCGAGGCACCCUUCCAUAAUCUUGGUGAAUUGAGUAGCACUCCAUUUCUAACAUUAAUUUAUUGGUGCCUUGCCUGCUUGCAGAGGGGCUGGGAAAAAGGAGAAGCAGCUGACAGGAUGAGCAACUGGAAAGGAAGAGCCUGAAUUUACCUUCUGCCCAGAGCCUGAGAUUAUCUUGCUUGUCUCCUCUUUCCCCAUGGCACCCUUCAAAGGCUGUCAUGGCACCCCAGGGUUGAGAAGCAGUACUCUUGAAGCUCAGCACAGUCCUGUUAAUCUGUGCGUAUAUGAGAGCUGUCAGUGCCAUCAGUUGGAAUAGGGGCCCCAAGGGCAAGUGUGCAUCUGUAUUUUGGGGUAAAAUGAAGGCUCAACCUCAAAUACCCUGAGUCUCAUGAGCUGCCCCUUCCUGUCUACGCUACCUUGCUGCAGCAUGGAGACAAGUAGUAGGCAGACUGAUUUCUAGAAGAACAGGAAACUAAAGCCCUUUUGGGAAUCACGCUGGCUAUUUGCAUCUCCUGUUUUAGACUCUAAUUACGGGCAAUAGAGACAGUCAGUGAAGUGCCGAAAGGCCACUAGUGGACUUCCUAUGCUUGUGGCCUGCAGUGCUCCGAUGAAUACUGAACUUACAGCAGGGGCAGAAGGGAGCCCAGCCUCGGGCUUUGAUGCCAAGGAGAGCUUUGGGGUUAGGCUGGACACCUGCCAGGAAGUGUGAGGUUAGGGGUUUGUAUUGUGGAUGGUUGGCAGGCUUGGGCUAGAGGGGAGGCCUAGGAGUCACUCAAGGUUACAGUGUAGACAGAUCUUGAUGCUCCUUGUCCAAACUAGGUUUCAUGAACAGUCUUGCAUUUUGGGUUCUCCUCAUCCAUGUCCUUGCACAGAUUUUCAGUCACUAAAUAAACAGAAGACAGAGGCAGUCAUGCUGUCAAUAUGAGAACCAGAAGAGAGGACAGAUUGUGAAGAUGGUUUAGCAGAAGCACGUAUAAUUUCUGUGUUUAAGAAUUACUGUGGGCUUGAUUCUGUGGUUUGAUACCUGAUAGAGGUGGUAUGGUCUCCCCUUUCUUGGGGGGAUGGGAAGGGGAAACUUUGUCAUGGCCCUGUAUGAACCAUCUAUUCAUUGUAGGUUGUAGGGGCACACGCUUCCUACAACCUACAGUAAGAAUCAUACCUGGAUGCUGCAACAGGAAACAAGUACCAGUUUCAAAAAGAAACAGUGGAGGCAAACUGAGGUUAACGGUUCAGCUAGAAUUUAGAUCCUUGUUAGGUUUAAGGAGGGAAGAGAGGUCCAUGAGCUACCACUGCAACAAUGACAACAACAACAACAACAAAUUAAAAGCAAGGAAACUAGCAAAUGAUGCCAUGCUACACUGGAGUGGGCAGCAUUGUGUUUAAAGGAGGCUUGUAAAAGAGCAAUGUGGCACUCUGUUAAAAGAUUUAGCCAGCCUCAGAAAGUGUGGGUCUUAAUUAAAGGGUUCUUAGAAAGCCCUGAAGGGCUAUACCAGCCUACAGCAUCUAAUCUCCUUCCCAGUAACACAUGGGAGGGUUUAGAAAGCAUCAUCAGUUACAGGGAAAUAAGGAAAACAGUGCAAACCUCAGGGCAUUGCUGUAACUUAGAUGGGACAGUAACAUAGCAUUCAGACCAUUUGGGGCCUUCUCUUCUCCCCAUUGAAGUUCAUAGUCAAAACUCAUUGAUCUCAGUUGAACAGAAUCAGGUCUUUAUAGCUUGACCAUGUGUAAAUUAGGUGUCUUAGCUUUAUUAAAUGAAAGCAUUCACAUAAUUGUUGCUCAGAGGCAGGCUGUCUGCCAACAGGAUACCCCGCUGGUGAAGUAAUUCUGUGGGUUAAGUGCAUGUUAUGUAUAAUGUAAAAUUAAUGUAUAUUAAUUAGGCUGUUUUCAGUUCCAUUCAGGGAUUGUGUUUCCAUUGAAUGCCAUAAUAAAAUUAAUUGACUGCUUAUUUAAAAUAUCAAACAAUUGAACCAAAGUUUUUUUUAAUCCCAAGCUGGCAGUCAUGAAUAGGCAUCUAGAAGUCACAACUAGCCUGCCUUUCCCAUAUUGCUAAAUCAGAGGGAGGUCCCAGAUAAACAGGUACAGGGUGCUCAGGGGUGCUAGUAUGGACAAGUUUGGAACUCCUCAUUUUAUUCUAUCCAUUUUUCUACUUCUAUAUUGCUGAGGUGUUCUUUUAAGAAUACAUUGACUGGUUGUGUUAUCCCAAGGAUCAAAAGCAUGUCCUAAGGCAAAUCCUGAGGAUAGUAUUAUAAUAAAAAUACCUUGUAUGGAAUAUAAAUGUUAUCCAUUGUUGAAAAAAUCAUGUUGAUAGCAUUAAGGGCUUGUUGUAAGGCAAGGAUUUCAAAGAUACAGCCCACAGGCUGGCAGUGGGCCAUGGAGCUGAUUCAACAGGACUCCCAGAGGAGCUUGGAAUUAGAUGGUGUGAGCCAGGGGUAGGACCUGCCACCGAAAUCUAGGGUACAGAACCUCAUCAGGGAUGCAUGUCAGUGGAGGGAUAAGCAACAGCUCUGUUAACACCUGCACUGCCAUUUCAUCCUGCCACUGGAAGUAGGUCCAGAUCUGACCCAUGAGAAGCCCCAUGAUCUGGAUCCAGCCUGGGGACCUGGGUGAGUUUGACACUCCGGAUGGAAGAGAACCUGAGGUGUGACUAUUUCAUGCACAAUAAACCACUGCCCACACACUUAGUUGUGACUGAGCAGCUGUAGAAGACAACUGCUGAUUCAGCAAUCAUUUCCAUUGUUUGCCUUUGCAGGUAUAAUAAUUAAUUACAUACAUGCAGAGCCCACUUUUAUGAUAUCACCACUUUCAAUGUUAGGUACCUGUUUCUCAGUUUCAGUGCUUUCUUAUGUUAACCAUGAAACACUACAUUAUGCAUGCUUUUAUAAUAUACCGUUUUAGUGUGAUUAAUGAUGUAGACUUUUAUUGGAUAAAUAAAGUACU